GGAGCUGAAAAGAGGAUCAAAGGAACUUUGACGAUCUGAUCUGCUGCAAAAGGAGAUUCUCCCUUCUCGCUUUUUAGAGAUAAGGAAACGUGCGUGCGUGAUCGCUCGCCCUCGGAUUGCGUAUAUCUCCCUCGAAAUGACGACAGCGACGAUCGAUACCUACACCUCCUCGUCCUGAAUAUAAUCUGACACCCUCAGCCUCGGCGCAACUCUGAUACAUCGUUCAGUGUAUCGUAAAGGACGACAAACAGACACCCAUACCUAUCACUCAUCAAGCUACACAUUCCCCUACCUUCGAUACCACCAGCGAAGGAACGGCUUAACUCAAUCGUGUUGUUCAUUGCCACCAACCUAAUUCGAUAACGAGUCAAACUCGGGCUCCCACCCACCAGAAUGUCCUCAAAUCCUGUUAUCAUCCACGGUCAUGACGGCUACCGAGAUCCAGCGAUUAUCAUCGGUCCUUUCAAGCCCUCACGGCCGGGAUACGGACCAGUGCUCUCUUACCUGCAAGCGGCUCAGCUGCAAGAUCCGCUAAUCAUCCACCCUCUAUUGAACUUGCAAGGAUGGGACAAGAAACCAUACGCCAAAUACCUCGCCUAUAACAUUACCGAACACCCGCAGUUCGCAGCUAUUUGGGUGGAUUACGAUGAUACCGAGACCGAGUGGAUCAAGGAAAGGGGUCAACCGGCUACUUCUCCGAUCGUCGAGGAGUUGAAUUUGGGGCAUGUCGAGACGGGUUGGUGUGUCCGGGUGAGGAACAGGAUGGGAAUCACCUGCGAAGACGUCUUGUUCGCCAUCUUCGAUUUCUUCGCUUCACCGCUGUAUGUGGACGAAUUAGGGGAGAUGCACCCUCGUGCUGUGAGAAUUAUGGAACAGCAAUUCUUUGAGAAACGUCGACUAGGUUUCUUCGACGGUGGGAUCGAGGGGUACCGAAAAGCAGACGCUCUGCUGGGCAAAGUCUACUUUAACGGGCUGUAUAACGAUGGAUACGCUCGACAGCUCUUGAAGAAAAAGUACAAUUUCAACGCUUCCAACCUCCUCCUGCUCGAGCUCGGCACUUGUUGAUGGAUCAUCCGAAAGCUCUUUUAGACUCGUAACACCCCGUUGUAUUAUCAAUCGUCUGUAGUUGUACUAUUACCUAAAUGCACGCUUUCUGAUCCAUCGCUCACAGGACACAGACUCGGCCGAUGAGACUUCCCGGCCUGCAGCACAACGUGCCGCACCCCACACGACCAAAGUUUGAAGUAGACGGGCAAUGUAUAUCCGUAGCAAAUACAAAGACCCAAAUCCAAUCCAUCCACCCCAAAAAUGCCCAAUUUCCG